AUGAAGCCUCUGGAUUUAUUGAUUUUUUUGGGAAUUUUCCUGGUAUCGGGCUCAAAUGGCUGCUCACCAGAUGUCAAAUUUGAGAAGGAUCAUCAUCGGAGAAAAGAGCUAGAAGAGAAGUUUAUAAGCAACUUGGCGGAUCUGAAAAAUCAUGAAGACGUUCUUCUGAAAGCCGUGGAAAUGAUGAAGAUAGCAAACGAGAAGAAGGAAAAAGAUGAGGAUGAAAUUGAUUAUAAAAAGAGAAUUGCGGAAAUCGAGAAAGAAUUAUUACAGACGAAAAGUGAUCAUUCAAGACUAUUAGAAAAGCACGAAGACUACCUCCGCAAAUUCGAUCAACCCAGAACGUGGACCGACACAAUCAGCAAAUACACCGGUGACGCUUUCGGACGUCUUCUAUUCAAUGGUCUUUGGGGAGCCAUCGUCCUUCUUCUUCCACUUUUAAUUCGACCAUUCCAACGAAGAUGGUUAACAGCACUUCGUGGCGGAAAUGGUCCCACAAUUGAAGAGGUCACUGAGGAUCAUCUUGAUGGCAUGAGGAUAUCCAACGAGGAGGUUCGACAAAUUUUGGAUUCCGAUGGAGCCCUGAGAAAAAAGAAGGCGAUGAAAGGCGAGUAG